AUUAGUGUUUGGUCCCUACCACUCCCCACCCACAUUCUCUCUUUCUGAUGUCAUUGUUGCUGCUUAUAUUGAAUUGAACCCAUCCCUUCCCUCUUCACUCUUCAACAUCACUCUUCACAAUUUGCGCCGCAUGCUCCUGCCUUUAGAAUCACACUCACUCACUUGUUCUCUCUCCUAUUUUGGUCUUUUCACUUGAACAAUUCCGCUCCAAAUGGUUGCAGAGGCCUGGUUUGUGAAGAUGGGUAACCAAGUCAGUUCCAAUCUCAAGCACGCCCUUCUUCUAGAAACUUCUUCGGGAAAGAGGAAGCAGCAGCAACAUAGCAGCACCAUCAAGAACAACGAUAAGGUAACCAUUGACAUUCUUUCUUUUGAAGUAGCCAAUGUCAUGUCCAAAACGGUUCACCUUCACAAAUCCCUUUCGGAUUCUGAGAUCUCGAGGCUCAGGAAUGAGAUCUUGACCUCUGAAGCUGUUCGGAGCCUCGUUUCCUCCGACCAUUCCUAUCUCCUUGACCUUGCUCUCGCCGAGAAGCUCGACGAGUUGAACCGCGUCGCCGGCGUUGUUUCCAGGUUAGGGAAGAAGUGUUCUGUCCCUGCAUUGCAGGGAUUCGAGCAUGUGUAUGGUGACAUUGUGAGUGGGGUCAUAGAUGUCAAUGAAUUAGGGUUCUUGGUUAAGCAUAUGGAAGGUAUGGUGAGGAAGAUGGAUAGGUAUGUUAGUAACACUAAGAAUUUGUAUAGUGAAAUGGAGGUUUUGAAUCAAUUGGAGCAAGCUAUGAACAAGUUUCAGAAUAAUCAGAAUGAGGAGAGUAGGAGGGUCUUUGAGCAGAAACUCGCAUGGCAAAGGCAAGAUGUUAGGCAUCUAAAGGAAAUUUCACUUUGGAAUCAAACAUUUGACAAGGUUGUCGAGUUGUUGGCCAGGACAGUUUGCACCAUCUACGCCAGGAUGUCGGUGGUUUUCGGGGAUUCUGCAUUGAGGAAGAAUAGCAUUGGGCUUGCUGGAGGUUCUCCUCCACCUGAGUGUGGCUUGGUGUCUGGCCAAAUUAGUGUUCCUAUGAAAUCGGAGAAGUUGAAUCGCAAUCACAGUGGCAGAAGUGGAAGUCAUUCGGGUUCGAUUGGGAGAACUGUGGAGAGAAAGGGAAGUAUUGGUGGUAGGCCGCGGAUGGAUAUGAGGAGAGGCGAUUUAGCAUAUCUCCAACCCGAAGAUUUCGUUCUUCCUUGUGGAACAAGUCCGGGGAGACUUUUCAUGGAAUGUCUAAGUUUAAGCAGCUCUGUCUCUAAAUUUGAUGAUGAUGAUGAUUCUGUUAUUGAUCAUGGGGACCGAUGCAGUCACAGUAUUGGUUUAGGGAAUAAUGUCAAGAAAAAGGAGCAGUCGUGCCAUUCCAGUGGGUUCGAUCAUGCUCAAAUCAGUAUUCCUUUCAAUGGAGAUCUAAGAGCAAAAUCCGGUGUUCAGAGUUGCUCAACCUUUGGUCCCAAGAGUAGAUUAGCUGUUUAUGCUUCUCCUUCCACUCUUGGAGGCUGCGCUCUUGCUUUGCACUAUGCUAAUGUCAUAAUUGUCCUCGAGAAACUGCUUAGCUAUCCUCAUUUAGUUGGAGAGGAAGCGAGGGAUGAUCUCUAUCAGAUGCUACCGACGAGCUUAAGGUUAUCGCUGAAGGCAAAGCUGAAGUCUUACGUCAAGAAUUUGGCCAUAUACGAUGCUCCUCUUGCCCACGACUGGAAGGUGACUCUUGACGGUAUACUUAGGGGGCUUGCGCCUCUCGCGCAUAACAUGAUAAGAUGGCAAAGCGAAAGGAAUUUUGAGCAACACCAAAUUGUUAGCAGGACGAAUGUGCUGCUACUUCAGACCUUGUACUUUGCUGAUAAGGAAAAGACAGAGGAAGCGAUCUGCGAGAUUCUUAUUGGGUUGAAUUACAUAUGCCGUUAUGAACAUCAACAGAACGCUUUGUUGGAUUGUGCAAGCAGUUUUGACUUUGAAGAUUGCUUGGAGUGGCAAUUGCAGUGUGGAUCUUCUUUGCUUAAUUGAAUACCUUGUAAAAUUUGAAAAUCCUCAAUAUGGUGAGCAUUUCCUUGACUUAUAAUACCAAAGUGUGUUUGCAUUUUCCGUUUGGAGAACUCCCCCUAUGGUUUGUGGCAAAAGCUACCUUUCAUAGCUUUUGCUCAAAUCAAUAGUUUUAUAGUUGCAAAUGGAAAUCCAAACAUACUAUUCAUAUUACUCUGGUAUAGCAUGGAAUUCUGAACUUUGUACAUUGAGGACUGAUAUUGUUGAAGACUUGAAAAAGUAUAGCUGUAUGUAAUUGCAAUUUGACUUAUAUAGUAUACAUGCAGAAUUAUAUUUAUAAAGGGGAAAAAUUGUUCAC